UUGCAGAAAAUGGAACGCGCGUUGGCUGUGCCCUGGGUGCCCCCGCAUGAUCCGAGGACCCCAGCGCUGUCGGUGGUGGAUAUGCACACGGGCGGCGAGCCCCUACGCAUCGUGCUCGAGGGGUGCCCGGAGGUGGUUGGCCCCACUCUGCUGGCCAAACGGCGCUACAUGCGCCAGCACCUUGACUACGUGCGACGGCGGCUUAUGUUCGAGCCCCGGGGGCACCGGGACAUGUACGGAGCCAUCCUGGUGCCUAGCGAGCUUCCGGACGCGCACCUAGGCGUCCUGUUCCUGCACAACGAGGGCUACAGCUCCAUGUGCGGCCACGCAGUCCUGGCGCUAGGUCGCUUCGCGCUAGACUUCGGGCUGGUGCCGCCUCCCGCGCCUGGCGCCCUGGAGGCCUGCGUCAACAUCCACUGCCCGUGUGGGCUGGUGACCGCCUUCGUGGCGUGUGAGGGCGGCCGUAGCCGCGGCCCGGUACGCUUCCACAGCGUCCCGGCCUUCGCGCUGGUCACAGACCUCACAGUUGACGUUCCUGGUCAUGGAAAGGUGGUGGUAGACAUUGCAUACGGUGGCGCAUUUUAUGCAUUUGUCAGUGCUGAAAAAUUUGGCCUCAACGUUUGUUCAGCAAAGACGAGGGACCUUGUAGAUGCUGCAAGUGCAGUAACAGAAGCCGUGAAAGCGCAGUUUAAAAUUCAUCACCCUGAUAGUGAAGAGCUUGCCUUUAUGUAUGGAACUAUACUGACAGAUGGAAAAGAUACUUACAGUGAAGAACCAACCACCAAUAUCUGUGUGUUUGCCGAUGAGCAGGUUGACAGAAGUCCUACUGGCUCAGGAGUGACUGCACGAAUUGCCUUACAGUAUCACAAAGGGCUUGUACAACUGAACCAGAGCAGAGCCUUUAAAAGCAGUGCAACUGGCUCAGUAUUUACUGGGAAGGCCGUGAGGGAAGCAAAAUGUGGUGAUUUUAAAGCUGUUACAGUGGAAGUAUCAGGACAAGCCCAUUACAUGGGUACAGCAAGCUUUAUAGUAGAAGAUGAUGACCCACUGAAGGAUGGAUUUCUGCUCAAGUGACUUCUUCCAUGACUUUUAAGGGCCUUUAAAAUGUUUUAAUCUUUGAGUAAUUUUUCUCUAAAUCAUGUGGAAAACAAUAUCUGAUGUUAAUACAAGUAUGCUAACUUCCAUUUUUCUAAAAUAGUACCUUGUGGCUAAAUAUAAAGUCACUGUGCUUCAUA